AUGGGAAAUGAUGGCGGAAGCAUUCCGACUCGUCGAGAACUCGUCAAAGAAGCGGCCCGAAAUCCCACUUCGACCGAGUUAAAGGACAAACAAAAGGAGCAUCUAGCCCAUAGAUGGUCUAUCUGUCCCAUUUCAAAUCAGCCUCUUGUCAAGCCAAUUGUGUCAGAUCACUCAGGGAACCUCUACAAUAAAGAUGCCAUCAUCCAAUUCCUACUUCCUGUCGAAGUCAGUUCGGUCGACAAGGGCGAGUACGAAAAGUUCAUUCAAGGCAGGGUCAAGAGCCUGAAAGAUGUUGUUGAAGUUCAAUUCGAGGUCGAGCAAGACGAGGAGAGCAAGGAUACCCGCUGGGUAUGCCCAAUUACCUCCAAGCGGUUGGGCCCGAGCGUGAAGGCUGUCUACAUCGUUCCGUGUGGCCACGCGUUCUCGCAGGAGGCAAUCAAGGAGAUGCAGAGCGAUGGUAAAUGUGUUCAGUGCGGCACAAAUUACGAAGAACGCGACAUUAUCCCGAUAUUGCCAAGCACCGAGAAGGAUAAAGCACAUGUUUUGGAACGACUUGACAUCUUGAAAUCUUUGGGUCUGACCCACGCAUUGAAGAAGGCCAGUGGUAGCAAGAAAAGGAAGGCAGCCGACAGCAAGGCAACCGAUGCAAAGUCUUCUGAAAUCCGGGACAAUGAUCCUGGCAGGAAAUUAAAAGUCCCAACUAAUGGGAUUGCUCGAUCUGGAACACCACAGUCUGGAACAUCCACCCCCAAGCCCUCGAAUGGCAUUAGGGACACAGCGACCGCAGAUUUAACCUCUCGAGUUUUGCAAGAGGGAGAAGUCCGGAAGAAAAGGCGCCAAGAUAACGACAAUAUCAACUCUCUUUACACUAAAAAGACCACCGGGACUGAUAACAGAAAAGGUGACUUCAUGACUAGAGGUUUUUCUAUCCCCGCCAACGCUCGCUAUGACUGA